CCCACGCCCCCUUUUCCUUCCAUCCCUGUGGGGCUUGCUUUCUCUCUCUCUCUCUUUCUCUCUCUGUCCCGCUGGAUCACCUGGAAAUCGCUGCAAAGAUGGCUGCAGGGCAAGAGCUGGCUUUAUUCAGUGUCUCGGACAAGACUGGCCUGGUGGAGUUUGCACAAUGCCUCAGCUCUUUAGGCUUGGCCCCGGUUGCCUCUGGAGGAACAGCAAAAGCCCUUCGGGAAGCUGGUUUGAAAGUCAGAGAUGUUUCUGACCUCACUGGCUUUCCGGAAAUGUUAGGAGGGCGUGUGAAGACUCUUCAUCCUGCAGUACAUGCUGGUAUAUUGGCUCGUGACAUUCCACAAGAUAAAGGUGACAUGACUAAACAGGAUUUCAGCCUUGUUAGGGUUUUAGUGUGCAACCUCUACCCAUUUGUCAAGACUGUGGCAUCCCCAAAUGUCACUGUGGAAGAAGCGGUUGAACAGAUUGACAUAGGAGGUGUAGCCUUGCUGAGGGCUGCAGCGAAAAACCAUGCUCGUGUGACAGUUGUAUGUGAUCCUGAGGACUACACCACCAUUGCAAAAGAAAUGAAAGCCUCCAGUAAUAAAGACACUACUUUGGAAACUCGACGCCAGUUGGCUCUCAAGGCUUUUACUCACACUGCUCAAUACGAUACAGCCAUUUCCGAUUACUUCAGGAAACAGUACAGCAAAGGGGUGUCCCACCUUCCCUUGAGGUAUGGCAUGAAUCCACACCAGACUCCGGCUCAGCUCUACACUUUGAGGCCUAAACUUCCCCUCUCAGUGUUGAAUGGCUCCCCAGGGUUUAUAAACCUUUGUGAUGCUCUGAAUGCCUGGCAACUGGUCAGAGAGCUGAAGCAGGCGUUGGGCAUUCCCGCUGCAACCUCCUUCAAGCAUGUCAGUCCAGCCGGUGCAGCUGUUGGAGUUCCACUCACUGAAGAAGAAGCACAUGUCUGCAUGGUGCAUGACUUGCAGCCCACACUGACACCUCUGGCAGCUGCCUAUGCAAGGGCAAGAGGCGCUGAUAGAAUGUCAUCUUUUGGCGACUUCAUUGCUCUCUCAGAUAUCUGUGAUGUCCCCACAGCAAAGAUCAUUUCCAGAGAGGUAUCUGAUGGGGUUGUGGCUCCAGGAUAUGAUGAAGAAGCUCUCAAAAUCUUAUCCAAAAAGAAAAAUGGGAGCUACUGUGUUCUCCAGAUGGACCCAGCGUAUGAGCCAGACGAAGCUGAAAUCCGUACUCUCUUUGGAUUGCACCUAAUGCAGAAGAGGAAUGACGGCGUAAUUGACCAGUCACUGUUCAAGAACAUUGUGACAAAAGAUAAAAAGCUGCCUGAGCCAGCAAUCCGAGACCUGAUUGUUGCUAGCAUCGCUGUGAAAUAUACCCAGUCUAAUUCCGUUUGUUAUGCCAAGAAUGGACAGGUGGUCGGCAUUGGGGCAGGGCAGCAAUCCCGGAUACACUGCACCCGCCUGGCCGGAGACAAGGCAAACCACUGGUGGCUGAGACAUCACCCCCGUGUGCUCUCCAUGAAGUUCAAAGCUGGAGUCAAAAGGGCUGAGAUCUCCAAUGCUAUUGACCAAUAUGUCACUGGGACUAUUGGGGAGGGUGAAGAUCUUGUCAAGUGGAAGGCACUAUUUGAGGAAGUCCCAGCUCUGCUAACUGAGUCAGAAAAGAAGGCAUGGAUUGGGAAACUGAAUGGAGUCUCGCUCAGCUCUGAUGCUUUCUUUCCUUUUAGGGAUAAUGUGGAUAGAGCAAAACGGAGUGGAGUCCAGUUCAUUGUUGCCCCUUCUGGUUCAACUGCAGACCAAGUUGUGAUUGAUGCCUGUGAUGAGCUGGGGAUUAGUCUUAUUCAUACCAACCUCCGUCUGUUUCACCACUGAUGUCCCUGAGACCACUGCAGACAUUCCUCGUUGCUUUGUUCAUUUUUCUAGGGCAAUGAAAGUUUCCUUUCUUGCUUUUUGGGAAAUAAAUCCAUAUUUGGAUUACUGUUUCAAAUCCUUGCUUUGACAGUACUAAAACAAAAUCGUUAACCUCUAAAUGCAGUGUUUAAAAAUAAAUGCACAUAUACCAUCA